AUGCCUGUGGUGCUCCAAGGAGCUGCCACGGAAGUGCAGCUGACACCGCAGAAGAAGGUGGACGAGUUCUGGCGCAAGUUCACCACCAAAGCGCCCGGAAAGGCAACAACCGUCCUCCCCAAGAACGAGCUCGCGGAGCGUCUAGCCAAGCGCGCCGCGGCCAAGGACCGCGCCGGCGGCAGCACCAAGAAAACCACCACCUCGUACGAGGAGGCCGCCGCGCUGUGCCGAGCCAAGGUCGAGCAGAUCGUCGCCGAGUGCCGCCGCGUCAACCAGAAGUACAGCGACCCGCACUUCGACCUCGACUUCGACCUGCGCUCAGGCCGCCGUGACUGUCUGGAGUCGCUGAGCAACGUGAAGGACGACUACAGCUCCGACGACGACGACAGCUCGUCGGUCAAGCGGGUGGGCGAGAUCUUUGACGACCCCAAGUUCUACAUCGACGGGCCCACCGCGAACGAUGUGCGCCAGGGCAACGACGGCGAUUGCUGGCUGAUGGCGGCGCUGUGCACGCUCAGCAACAAGCCGGGCCUGAUCGAGCGGGUCUGCGUCGCGCGGAACGAGGACGUCGGUGUGUACGGGUUUGUGUUCCACCGCGAUGGCGAGUGGUUCAGCGAGAUCAUCGAUGACAAGCUCUAUCUCAUCAAGCCCGACUACGACGAGGCGCGCAUGGGCAAGCGCGCGAACAUCGACCGCGCCCUGUGGGAGCAGAUUGACCGGCCGGACUCCGAGGAGGAUUACCGGAAGGCUUACCAGUCGAACAGCGCUGCGUUGUACUUUGCCCAGUGCGAGCACCCGAACGAGACGUGGCUGCCGCUGCUGGAGAAGGCCUAUGCUAAGGCCCACGGAGACUAUGCCGCCAUCGAGGGCGGGUUCACCGGCGAGGGCAUUGAGGACCUGACUGGCGGCGUUACCACCGAGCUGUUUACGAAUGACAUACUGGAUAAGGAGUAUUUCUGGAAGGAAGAGCUCAUGAAGGUCAACCAGGACUUUUUGUUCGGCUGCUCAACCGGUCUUUGGGGCCUCGGCUACGGGGAACGAAAGGGUAUCCAAGAAGGCCACGCCUACUCGGUCAUGCGGGCCGUUGAGAUUGACGGACAGCGGCUUCUCCUUCUCAAGAACCCAUGGGGCAAGGGCGAGUGGACAGGUGCCUGGAGUGACGGCUCCAAGGAAUGGACACCGGAAUGGCUGACAAAGCUCAACCACCGGUUCGGCGACGACGGAGCAUUCUGGAUCUCGUAUAAGGAUCUGUUGCGCAAGUACCAGACCUUCGAUCGCACGAGGCUCUUCGGACCCGAGUGGAAGGUCACAUCCACCUGGACGACACUCAACGUCUCAUGGGCCCUCGAAUACCACGAUACGAAGUUCUCGUUCACACUCGCGAAACCCGGCCCUGUGGUUAUCGUUCUCUCGCAGCUCGACGACCGCUACUUCCGCGGCCUGGAGGGCCAGUACGUUUUCGGCCUUGGAUUCCGGGUUCACAAGGCCGGCGAAGACGAUUACCUGGUCCGCACUCAUACCAGUUACAGAGUAAACCGGUCUUGCAAUGUCGAGCUCGAUCUUGAGGCCGGCGAGUACACAGUUCUCAUCAGGAUUGACGCGGAGCGCAUCGAGGGGAUUCUGCCACCCGAGGAGGUUGUGCGGCGAAACGCGAAGCAGCGUCGCGACAAGCUGCUUCGCAUCGGCCUCGCAUAUGACCUGGCCCACAGCAAAGCCAGGAUCGUCGAGACGCCCGAGGAAAAGACCGCGAGGGAGGCGUACGAGAAACGGAAGAAAGAGAAGCGCCGGAGUCAGAUACGGAAGGCGGUUAUGGAGGAGAAGCACAAGAGGCAUUAUAUCAAACGCAAGGAAUGGGAGGCCCAGCGUAAGGAGAACGCGUGGAAGAAAGAGCUCAGACGGAAACGGGCCGAGAAGCGGGAAGCCAAGAGAAAAGCAGCCGAGGAGGAAGCAAAGCGCAAGGAAGAAGAAGCAGACAAUAAAGAGGAGACACCGACGGCCGCUCAAGAAGAGAACCAAGCUGAGGAACAGGCCAGUGCUGGGGUGUGCGAGCCGGGGGCUUCCGGCGCUCAAGAGGACGAGUCGCAGCCCAAAGUCCACGGUAAACAGGCUGAGACCGAGGCCUUAGCCGGGGAAGGGUCUGAUGCCGCAGAAAACACCCCUCCUUCUUCAACCACAGACGUCCCCGUACCGGCCGCCGCUGAAGGCGGACAAAAGCCCGAGGCCGCCGAGAAAGUUGACCAGGGUGGCCAAAACCCAGCAUCAGAAGCCCCAGUGCCCGCUCCACCUAAGGGAAACGUUCAGGACGCGACGAGCAAGAAGACCGAUGCGCCCGCACAGCCUGGAGUCAGGGUCCCUCAGUCCGCAGACGAAGACGACGACGACAUCUCGGACAUCUGCAGCAUCCGCAGCGUGUCGGACAUCACGGACCGCGAGCUGGACCUGAUCGUCAAGGAGAACGAGAGCCGGCCGCCGCCCCCUCCGCCGCGCAUGUCGGGCCCGCCGCCCCCGCAGCGGCCCGACGAGUUCGAGAGAGACCCGUGGAACGCGGUCGCGGUGGUCGGGCUGAGGAUCUACUACAAGGUGGCGGAGGAGGAUAAGGACGCCGAGGGCCUGGUUACGCUGCGGGUUGUGCGGCCGAAUCGGUGGGAGUUGAUGAGCGAUGAUGAGGAGAGCGGGGGGGAUGGGGAGGGCGGCGAGGAUGGGGAGAAGGAGACCGCGGAGGAGGGGAAGGCCGAGGGCGAGGGGCUCAAUGAGUCGUUGGUGUUGGAUGUCGAUGAUAGUGCCAAGGACGCUAUGGUGAAGGGCGGCUGA